UUGUUUUUCUGUCACGUCGUUGUACAGAUAGUAAGCUAACGGAUAAUCCAAACAUAAACUAAUAUAAAGAACGCGCAUUGUGGUUUAUGGCCAUAUAGCACGGGAGGAUUUCAUUAUUUGCGCCGAGUUGGGAUUUGUUGGGAUUUUAUUCGUGAAAAUGGCGUGCGGCCGUCACCGCGAGGACACAAGAAUUGGGUAACGCAGGCUAACUACCGUUAGCCACAGCUUGCUCAUUUUUAACGUUCCGCAAGGCCGCGGAGAAACACGAGAACUGCUUCCUGUUCUAGCUUUAUUGAGAAUGUAGGUUGCACUACGACCCGAGCAUCGAAAUCGUAGCGGUAAUCUAAGCAGCUAGUUCAGUGGUGUAGAAUAUUGCAUUUACGUUUAAUUUGUACGAGCUUGCGGGCUACCUAGCUUGUUAGCUAUUUAGCUAGCCAGCUAGCAUGAGCGAACUGACGGACUGCAAACAGUCCGCUGACUCUGCAUCGAGGAAACGGUGUCCAUCACCCGAGCACGGUGAAGGCAGCACGAUUCCCUGCAAGUCCGCAAAAGUAAGUGACGAGUCAAAUGAAACGGGGGCUGCUUCGGAAAGAUGCAAAAACGGCGAGGCUGAGAGUAAAGAAGCAGCUGGGAGCGAGGGCCAGGCAAAAGAUAGCGGGGACAAACCAGCUGCUGUGCGAACGGACAGCACGGAUGGCACCGGUGCACAGCCUGUCAACAGCUCCAUUGCUGACGGCCACGAUGCAAGCAGGACUGAAAAACCACAGUCCUCGGAUGCAAAGGGAUCUAUAGAUGCAAAAGAAAAAUCAGAAAAGACAGCAAGAAAGGAGCACCGUCCGACAACUCCCAUGGACCAGUCCGACUCAGCAGCCAUAGCAGCUGCUGAAGCACUUGCCAGUCUCACAGGAGGAGACGGAGAAGACAGUCAAGAGACUCCUUGCUCAUCCGAGAAAGCUAAACAGGUGAAACAGGGGAGUAAACUCAAACAACGUGGGGGCCACCAAUCCUCAAGAUUAGGCUCUAAAACACAGGCGGCAGCAGCAGAUAGCUCCACAUCUGUGCAUAGUACUGACAGAGAAGAUGCAGAUGAUAUGCCUGAAGCAGAUGAAGGUGAUGAAUCCGUAUCUGGAUCUUCAUCCACGCCAAGCUCCUCUUUUCCGUCAGACAAUGAGGACAAUGAUGAUGGGGAGUGUGCCAUUGUGUCAGUUAAGAUGGCCCCGGAGAUGAGGCAAUCAGUGGCUCUUCUGGCACAAGUACAGAUGAGACUGGAGGCUCUUGAGAAGAAAAGUGCCCGACUUCACCAACGACUGGAGCUGAAGAUUAGUCGCCAGCGUCGCCCGCAUCUGGAUCAGAGAAGCUCCAUCACAAAAACUAUCCCCGGCUUUUGGGUGACAGCUCUGUUGAACCAUCCUCAUCUCUCAGCUCACAUUGAUGAGACUGAUGAAGAUGCUCUUAGUUACAUGACUGAUCUUGAGAUUGAGUCUUUCAAGAAUAACAAACUGGGCUACAGGAUUCGCUUCCACUUCAGGCGGAACCCUUACUUCCAGAAUAACAUCAUCAUGAAGGAGCUGCACCUCGGCAUGGCAGGAUCUCCCAUGUCAUUCUCCAACCCCAUCCUGUGGCACCGUGGACACAACCUGACGGCCCACAGUGAACCCAGGAAGUCAUCGCGUGGGGUUUACGAGACAUUUUUCAGCUGGUUCAGUGACCAUAGCAACCCAGGACAAGAUGAUGUAGCUCAGAUACUUAAAGAUGACCUGUACAGAGACCCCCUGAGAUACUACCUCACUCCUCUCUGGGAACCGAGGGAGAAUGGCAGUAGCGGCACAGGGGCCAGAGCAGCUGAUAACGGGAACGGAGAUGACUGUGUGGUGAUCUCCGACUCUGAUGAUGAGCCUGGUGAGGAGACCGGUGAGGCUGAACAAGGCCACAGUAGGGAGGAGGAGGAAGAGGAGGAAGAAGAAGAAGAGGAGGAAGAAGAGGAGGACAGGGGGCCGAGCGCAGAUGAGAGCCCAGAGGAGGAGGAUGAUGGUGGAGAAAUUGUGAUUGACGGCUCCGAUGACAGCGACCAGGAGGAGGAGGAGGAGGAAGAGGAGGCCUAAGAUGAAGAUGAAGAUGAAGAGGAGGUAUGAGUCGUGGAAGGCGAGUCACCAUGGGGACCAGAGAAGAUGAAGAGGAUGCUUGGUUGUCGAAGACUAACAGAGCAAACAUUGAACCCUUCUUCCUGAUGUUAGUCCUUUUUAUGCACAAAAUAUCAGUUUUUGAUUUUUUUUUAUAACUAAAAUACACAAAAGCAUUUUAAAUCAGGGUUUCACUAUAAUAAUAAAGCCAAGGCAGCAUGUUUCCCCUCUGUUUUAUACAGUCGGUACUGUGUAUUCUGAUGUACUUUGCAAAAAUGUUUGUUUUCUAAACAGGUUCUUGGGCAUAUUAUGCCCGUUACUUCAUACAAGAAGUGUUCUUCUAUUUAAUGAGGAACAUUGUACAACAGCCUACACAAAUGUAGGUGAGAUUUUGAUCGCCACUACUCGGUGGCAUAAAAUUUUGCUUUGCAAAUUCUUUAAGGAACACUGAAACCUUCAGAGGCAUUAUUGCUGGUCAUUUCAAGGUGAGGAAGCUUUGGCUGUUUUUAGAAUUGAUGUGCGACAUAGCAAACAUGUCACAAGCUAAAUUCGAUGUAAAGACAGUACAUUUCAGAUGCACUGAGUACUGAACCAAAAUUUGUUCUCAGGGAUGAUCAUGAUGGUAGUUGUGUUGAAAGAACCUUACUGAUUUUCAGACAUUUACACACUCUGGUUAUUGUUGGUUGUGUAUAAAGAAAUGUGUACUCUACUGUAGUAAAUAGAAACAAUUAUUGUUUUAAUAGACUACCUGUGUUUAUCCCUAUUCUACAUGUUCUGUCUUGUUACACACCAACCUCCACUCCUGUUAACAAUCUGUAAACCAUCUCUGAUGUUUAAAAUCAUGGCAUAGUUUGACCAAUGUUUUCGUGGAUUCCUACGUUUUUGUAACACGCUCCUACACUGAGUAGAGCUUUGUUGUUUUUUUGUUUGUUUUGUUUUUUUUCCUUAGAUUUUAACUUAAUUUGCUUUCUAAGACAUUAAGGUUUACUUUCAUGUAAUGUGUUUAAGAAUUGUGUUCUUAAAACUAUGGUAAUUAUUACUUUGUUUUUCUACACGUCCACAUUAUGGCAUGCCUGUGAGCACGAAAUGUAAGACAGGAUGAUUACAUUACUUACAAGGCUGUGUAGAAGAAAUAAUUUGCUGUGCACAGUGUUAGUAAAUGUUGUUAAACUCACAGCAACAUCAUGGGGUGCACUGUAACAAACCUAGUAUUUGUAUUUGCUUACUUUUCUUAGCAAUGAACUUGUAAAUACAACUUCAGCAUUGUCUUUUGGAUAAGACAUAUGUUUAAUCCAUGGAUAAAUUUAUCAAAUAAUCUGGAGUUUUUUCAUAAACAUGAUCAGAAAGUUAUAUUUUGUGUGCUGUGUUUUAUAGAACACUGUAGUUAAAGAUACCUACUUGUAUGUUGCUUUUGGUUGAUUUUGUUUGCUUAAAGAUUCGUGUCCACCUUUUGGCUCAGACCUAAUAAAAUAGACAGUUGUUUCA